UACAAAUACUUGACCAGUCUCCAGGGGUGGGGUUUCCAACCCUUUAAACAACCCUGUUCCCUGUUAUCAAGCUAACUUUUUGCUCUCAGUGCCAGAAUUGAUUGUGCUAAGACAUCUUUCACUGAGAAAUAAAUAAAAUGGAACAUAAUGGGUCUGCUUCAAAUGCUGAUAAAAUCCACCAGAAUCGCCUGUCGAGUGUGACAGAAGAUGAAGACCAAGACGCUGCUCUUACCAUCGUGACUGUGCUGGACAAAGUAGCUGCCAUCGUGGACAGCGUGCAGGCCAGCCAGAAGAGGAUAGAGGAGAGACACAGGGAGAUGGAAAACGCCAUAAAGUCCGUCCAGAUUGACAUGCUGAAGUUUUCACAGUCACACAGCAACACAGGUUAUGUCAUUAACAAGUUGUUGGAGAACACGCAAAAGAUCAGUGCUCACAUUAAAGAAGUGAGGGCCCGAGUGGAGAAGCAACAAACUCACGUCAAAAAAGUUGAAACCAAGCAAGAAGAAAUAAUGAAGAAGAACAAAUUCCGUGUGGUAAUAUUCCAGGAGGAUAUUCAGUGUCCAACGUCCGUGUCUAUUGUGAAAGACAGAAGCAUGACUGCUGAGGGUCCAGAGGAGGAGGACGAUAUCUUCGAUCCCCCAGUUGAUCUGUCUUCGGAUGAAGAAUAUUAUGUUGAAGAGAGCAGAUCUGCCAGGCUUAAAAAGUCAGGCAGGGAGCGCAUUGAUAAUAUCAAAAAGGCCUUUUCCAAAGAAAACAUGCAGAAGACACGGCAGAAUUUUGACAAGAAAGUGAACAGAAUUAGGACUAGAAUAGUGACACCAGAGAGGAGAGAGCGGCUAAGGCAGUCAGGGGAGAGGUUAAGGCAGUCGGGAGAGAGGCUGAAGCAGUCAGGGGAAAGGUUUAAAAAAUCUAUUUCUAAUGCAGCUCCUUCAAAGGAAGCUUUUAAGAUGCAUAGCCUUCGGAAAACUAAAGACCGUGCUGUGGCCGAAGGUCCCGAAGAGGUCAGGGAGAUAGAGGUGGACAUUAUUGCCAGGAGCAAGUCUCUGGGCCCCAUCAGUGAGCUGUACACUGAGGUGCUCAGUGAAACAGACCCCGAGGAGGCCAGAGCCUCACAUCCUCUCCGAGAAGGUGGGGAAAUCUCGACCCCCGAGCCUUUAAAAGUUACUUUUAAACCCCAGGUGAAAGUAGAGGAUGACGAAUCUCUUUUGCUAGAUUUAAAGCAGUAAUUAUAAAGAGGAAUUAAGUAUAUUAUAAUUGUAAGUCUCCUUAAUCACACAGUUUUAGUUUAAUUAGUAUAGUCAUUUACAUGUAUAUGCCAUAUAGAAAAACAUAAAUGGUAUGGCUGUCUCAUUUCUUAGGUUUAACAUUUUAAAGGUAGUACAAAUAUUAAUAUACAUUUCCUUAAUUAAUAUACACUUCCUGGGGAAUUCUUUUUUAAAAUUUUCCCUCCCCCAGGACUUACAUGAUUCUAUCAGCUUUCUCUCCUAGGUCACCUCUCAUGGCAGCUGUGGAUUUUUAAGUUCCUUUCUGUUGCCCAUCAGAAAAAUAGUUUCCUAGUGAGGCCCAAUUAGGUGUUUGGUAGUCUACAAUAAAUGAAGGCCAAAUUUAUGGCCAUCAUUUAUUUGCAAGUGAACUCUCGAUUUUGGUCCAGAUUAAUAUUGUGGCCAAGUUCAAAGGGGAAUAAGUCACAUGUGGAUCUUAUCUAUAUGUUCAAAUCAAUAGAUUUUUUAGUAAAUUAGCAGUCACACCCCUUUUUGAUGGCUUUGUGUAAAAACAUUGAAGUGCUGGACUUGAGCAUUUAGUUCUGGCAUAACAGCUUUGCUUACAGGGAGCCACUUGGCAAGUCGUCUAAUGGCCUGGUCAGUACAACGGAGAGGGUUCGCCUGUCCUACCCUUCUCAGAGUACUGUUGUGAAGAUAAGGAAAUGUUAUACAUACUGGGAGAACAAGAGCUAUUUCCAGAGAAAACAAACCCCACUGGUUCCUCAAAAGCAGAAUCGAAAUAAUUCCAUCUUCUGAAAAAGUCCUGAGCUCUAAGCAAUGAGGACCUAGGUUGGACAGACACUAAAGUUGGUCUUCAGAAGCGUUUUCACAGAAUCAGGAAUCAAAAGUCAAUGUUUGGGUGACAUCUUUUUUGUCAAAGACUAAAACCAGAUCUUGGGUUUGAGUUGGGUCUUAAAACGUUUCCUGGAAAAUUCUUUUCUGAUUUUCUUCUGAUUCAGAUCUCUGGUGGACUGGAGCAGCAUUGUUUUGAGCCGCAUGAAGCCUGCAACUGUGGCUGUGUCUUCUAGAG